AUUUUACUGAGAGAGACAGAAAGAGGGAGAAGAGGAGGGCGUGUGGGUGAGAAAGAGGCGGUGGGGCGCGCAUGUCCAGUUCUUCAAUGCAGCCUGUUCUCCCAGCUCGCCAAUCAUUCCGACUAGUUUCCCCACUCUUCUUCUCCCCCCGCGUCUUUACAUGUGCGCCGGAUUCACAGCUCUCCUGAGCGGACACUGCAGGGGAAGAAAAGGGACGAAUUCAACAUGGAAUAUAAAUCCUAACUGGGGGAAAUAAAAUAAAGCGAGGAUAAAAAGAACCCUUCUCAUCCUCUGACGCGUUUUUAUCUCUUGUACAUCUUUCCCUCUUUCUAAAUGUCUUUGAACAGUUUCUGAAGGUAUUCGAGGAAAGGAACAAACAUGAGGAUUAUUCUUUUUUCUUGGCAAUUUCUUGGGGUGUAUUCCGCCCUUUAUUGGGGACUGGCGACAGGGGCUUUCCCCAGCUCAGUGCAGAUAGGUGGACUGUUCAUUAGGAAUACAGAUCAGGAAUACACAGCAUUCCGACUAGCUAUCUUCCUUCACAACACCAGCCCUAACGCUACGGAAGCUCCCUUUAACCUGGUCCCACACGUUGACAAUAUAGAGACAGCCAACAGCUUUGCAGUGACCAAUGCGUUUUGCUCACAGUAUUCGAGGGGGGUCUUUGCCAUCUUUGGCCUUUACGACAAGCGGUCAGUGAACACGUUGACGUCGUUUUGUGGAGCCCUGCACAUCAGCCUGGUGACGCCCAGCUUUCCCACUGAGGGCGAGGGACAGUUCACGCUGCAGCUGAGGCCGUCCAUCAGAGGAGCUCUGCUGUCCCUGCUCGACCACUAUGACUGGAACCGAUUUGUCUUCCUAUAUGACACAGACCGAGGUUAUGCAAUACUGCAGGCAAUUAUGGAGAAAGCGGGGCAGAAUGCAUGGCAGGUGAGCGCAAUCUGUGUGGAGAGUUUCAACGACGCAUCGUACCGCAGGAUCCUGGAAGACCUGGACCGAAGGCAGGAGAGGAAAUAUGUGAUCGACCUAGAGCCUGAGAGACUCCAGACCAUCCUAGAACAGGCCGUCAGUGUGGGGAAGCAUGUUAAAGGUUACCAUUACAUCAUAGCAAACCUGGGAUUUAAGGACAUCUCCCUGGAAAGAUUCAUGCAUGGUGGCGCCAACGUGACUGGUUUCCAGCUGGUGGACUUCAGCAAAGAUAUUGUCAUAAAGCUCAUGCAGAGGUGGAACAAACUGGACCAGCGAGAAUAUCCUGGAUCUGAAAGUCCACCUAAGUAUACCUCAUCUCUAACGUAUGAUGGUGUUCUUGUAAUGGCUGAGGCCUUCCGCACCCUCCGCCGUCAGAAAAUUGACAUCAGUCGCCGUGGCAAUGCUGGGGACUGCCUUGCUAAUCCAGCGGCUCCCUGGAACCAAGGGAUAGAUAUGGAGCGAGCACUAAAACAGGUGCGCAUUCAGGGCCUUACUGGAAAUAUUCAAUUUGAUCACUACGGUCGGAGGAUCAAUUACACUAUGGCCGUGUUCGAACUGAAAAGCAAUGGACCACUAAAGAUUGGCUACUGGAAUGACAUCGACAAGCUUGUGUUGGAACAGGAUGGAAAUGGUCUUUCCAGUGAAGGCUCCCUGACGGAGAAUCGGACGGUUGUCGUGACAACAAUCAUGCCUCUGAUGAUGAGGAAGCCUCUGCUGCGACACUGAUCCCGAGUCUGCAGACAAAGCAUGGGAAUGAAACACAGCCUCAGCAAAGACCCAACAGCCAGACUGAUACUGAACCUGUACAGAGACUCUUUUUUUUUUUUUUUUUUUAUGUUGCUUUUCCCAUUGUAUGUUACUUUUAAUGGUUUCGUCUGGAGUCACUGUUUCACUUUGAAAUGGUUUGCUCCGCAGUGACACUGCCACAGAGCGUAGAAGAAAAGCAGGAUCAGGAGUCGCCUGGGUUGUGUUGCUUUACCUCCCUCAAGAGAAAAGUCUCAGUUGGACUGUAACUGAGCAAGAGUUUCUGUAGCAUCUUUUAAGGUUUGACAUUUGACUGCACAAUGCUAUUCUUGGUUUGGUAUUCUCAACCACAGAACUGACAAUUGAUGUAAAAGAAACACACUUAUUCCUGUCUUUAAAGGAGGAAGUGGUAAUAUCCAAGAGAAACAUGUUUUUUUUUUUCUUAAGUAAAAUAAAAUCUGCAAAUGCUAUGUAGUGCCAAAAAGCAUCAUACCUGACAAAUUUCAGAAACUUAUCAGUUCAUCACACUGCAGAGAAUAUCCUCAGUACUGUAAAAUAAGUAGACAAAAGCACAAUCUUACAAUUUUCUGCUUACGUCUCACUUAGACACCACUCCUGGCUAACUGUGUGGCAGUUUUCAAUGUUAAAAAAUGUGAUUCCUUUGUUUUAGAAUCAAAUUUGAUUCUAAAGUCUUUUUGGCUAAAUGACCAGCUGACAAUGAGGUUGUCAAAAUGGGCAAAUAUGAAUAGAUUAUAUUCCAUAAUUAGAGUAAUUGUAUAAUAAAGUGAGCAUAUUGAGAAGUUCACUGGUCGAAGCUGUAACUGACUGAAUGCCUGGCACGCUUCUCUCUGCUUAUCUGCAUAAAUGUCUCCAAGGCAAAUUAAAUAUCCUGGCAAAUCGAAACAGUUUAACAUGACAGUCUUUUUAAAAUGCUGAAUUGAUGGAGGGUCUGUUCUGGUUGGCAGGUUGAAUGAAUAGCUGGACAGAGGCAGUUUUGCUGUGUACUGACUGGCCAACUGGAUUGGAUAACAAGUUCUAUCUGUCUUUUUGGCUUCAGUCAGAGUUUGUUUCAUGUCUUAUCAGCCCCAACCAUUUGCUUCUACAAAGCUUGGUUCUCUUUUUAACUCUUCGAUUUUCCUCCUAAGGUAUGUUUUAAGCCACUCUCUUCUUUGUUUCUUUUUUCUUCCUUUCUCAAUAUGUUUUUAUGUAUGUUCUUCCUCCAAGCACAACACAAUUUCCCUUAUUUUCUCCUUUUCUUUUUUGUAUUCCUUGGAGUAAUCUUUUAUUUGUUAGCUUUUUUUUUAUUUUGGAGGAAGGCAUCAUCACCCUCCUUGCACCGUUCAAGAAAGCACACCUAUAAACACAAUUUUCAUAAUCUUUCUUUUCCAAUGUCCUCUUUCAACCUUUUGACCUCAUUACUUCUAAUCUUGCUGCCUCUUUUCUCAGCUUAUUUGAGGCCUCUCCCCAAAUUGUGAUGCCACCUUGAAAAUCUCCCAUAGAUCACAUUUUCCUCUCAGAAGCAUCACAAACUGUAAAUGCACUUCCACACAGAGAAACGUCACAGCACUGAUGCUCUUAUAAAUGGUCCUGACUCCUACUUAUACGUUUUGUUUCCAUUUUUCUCAUUUUUAAAAUAUUAUUAUGCUUUAAAUUUCAGUUUGGCUCAAUUCCUGUCAAUCUUUAGACUCAGCCUUUUUAACAGAUCUCUAAACAAGAUAUACAGCCACAUAUUUGGCAUUGACCAACAUAUACCUCGAUUGCACACUUUCCAUAUCUGGUCCAUCUCCACAUUGUGUUGGGAUCCAUUCUUUUCCUUAUCCGAUCAGUCUCAGUGUAGGACUUUUUAUUCUUUUGUAUUUUCCAAACACCAAGCUGUGUCAUCAGACACCACAGCAUCCUAGUUUUACCUCUUUUUCUAAAUGAAUUAUUUGUUGGUUUAGAUUGUGUUUAACAUUUUUGUUUGUUUGUUUAGAUUUGUUGAAUUAGUUAAUGUUUGUGCAGUAGAGUCUACUUAUUUACAACACUUUACCAACAUUUUAGCUUUAAAAUAUCAAAUAAUGAAAUAAAAAAAUGUUAGGCAAUAUACAAUCCUGUUGUACUUUUUGCACUCAAGACAAGAAUUUGAGUUCUGCUCAUUAUCCCCAGAGUGGUGCUGAUGGCUCUGCAGAUCUGUUAAAGGGAAUUAAUUGUUUUGUUGGUCAUUGACAUUAUGAAUCAUGUUGAGUCAAUUAAAUGAGCCCCAGGAAUUUCUAAUGUCUCUAAUAAUAGCAUUUUUGCAGGGGAGGUGGGAAGGGCUCUUUUCUGUGUGUUUUGACAUUAAGAGUAAUAAUUACUAAUUUAAUGAUAAUGGCAAUGUUGUUUUAGAUAAUUAUAGUAAAUUGUCAUAGGAAAUGACAAUUUUCCUAUGAAAAAGAAAGUUAUAAUUUAAUUCUCAUUUGAAUAGAAAUAAAGAUUUGAUUUAACAAACUAUUUUCAAAUGACUUAGAGCUGGUUGCAUUCAUGGUUUCCUUCAGUCAUUUACAUGUACUUUAGUUUUGAGAUAAGUGUUUAAUUUUAAAACUUAACCAGUAAAACUUAUGUGAUCACUUCAGUAAAGCAUGGUGUCAUUUUACUGUGCAAUGUUAAUAUACCUUUUUUGUCAAAUACAUGUAUUUACAUAGCUUUCUAUUCACUGAAGUAAGUACAAGAUAUAACAUAUCCUUGUUACACCAUCACUUACAGUAUGUCCCCUGCAUUUAGGAGAAUCUAAAGAUUCACAACACAUUAAAUAAACCACACCAGUAUCACAUGUUUACCACUUCUAUUAAAUUUGACCAAAGGCUAUUAAAAUCUUGAAGCAAUGACUUAAUCUACUGCUACACUGUGCAGGCAUUCAGUCAGCACUGACAAAGGUUCACUCAUAUCUGUCACACUCAAUACCUGUGAUUGGUGACCUGACAGUGGAGCUGUUAUUUUCUGACUAAUUCAGUUUAUUCACCCAUCUAUUGUUGAUACUCACUUGUCGUUGUUGGGCCGGGGGAUGUUACACACCUCUUCCCCAGCAGUCACUGGAGAACUGAUGUGAUACUUACACUACAUCACGGGGCAACACAGUGAACUCUUACUUAUAAAGUUCAAGUUCAGUUAUUAGGCAAAUUGCUAAAAAAAAAAAAAAAAAAGAUUCUGUCUAAUU